AUGCUUGAGGUUGUACUUACAAGCGACAAGCCCCUGGGUGCGCCCACGAUUCUUGCUGCCGUCAUUAUAACCUUCACAUUCUUGUGGUACUGGGCCAGCGAUGAGAGACCCUACGCGGGUUUUCCUAUUGUCGGAAAAGAGAAAGGAGAGUGGAUAAACAAGAAAGCUAAAGAGCGCUUCCAGAUGCAUGCAACCCAAAUACUCAAGCAGGGUAUGAGUUUGCAUAAGGGCCCGUUUCAAGUCAUCGCAACUCAUGGUCCCACCAUCAUUCUUCCUCCAAGCAUGACAGAUGAGAUCCGCAACGACAGCCGCCUUGUCUUCAACGGCGCCUCCCGCAAGCUCUUCCUCGGCCAAUACCCCGGCCUGGAGCCCCUCAACUUCAAAGGCGUCCAAUCCGACAUUUUCACAGCCACCAUCCGCCAAAACAUCACCCAAACCCUCAACAGCCUCACCGACUCGCUCACGGCCGAAACAUCCUCCCUCCUCCGCACCAGUCUCCUGCCCCCCUCCCGCAUCACCAAAGAUGCCUGGACCCCGGUCCACUUCGCGCGCAUGGCGCCUACCAUCGCAGCCCGCCUCUCGGCGCCCGUCUUCCUCGGCGAGCCGCUCUGCCACGACGAAACCUGGCUCAACAUCUCCAUCACGUACACGGUCAACGUCAUCGCGGCCGUGCACCGCCUGCGCACGUGGCCGCCCUUCCUGCGCGCCCUGCUGCACCACUUCCUCCCCGAGUGCCGGGCGCUGCGGGCGCAGGUCGCCGAGGCGCGCCGCAUCAUCGAACCGCAGGUGGCGGCCCGGCGGCGCGCGAGAAGGGACGCGGCGGCCGCCGGGAAGGAGCCGCCCGCGGCCCGGGAUGCGCUGGCGUGGAUGGAGGCGCAGGGGGUGAAGCUGGCGAAAAAUGAGCGCGCCGUGGAUCCGGUCGAGGGCCAGCUGCUGUUGAGCUUUGUCGCGAUUCAUACGACGAGCUUGACGCUGCUGGCGGCGUUGUAUGACCUGGCGGAGCAUCCGGAGAUGGCGGAGAUGGUCAGAAAGGAGAUUGUGGAGGUGCUGAGGGAGGAGGGUGGCUGGAAGAAGACGAGCUUAUACAAGAUGAAGUUGUUGGACAGUUGCUUGAAGGAGUCUCAGAGGUUGCACACGCUCAACGCUGUUCUUAUGAAUCGCCAAGCUACAGAGGCCGUGAAACUCUCAGAUGGCACGAUUCUUCCCAAAGGCUGUAUUAUCGGCAUCCCUACCUACCAUAUGCGCGAUGACGAGAACUACGAGAAUCCGGAUAAAUUUGACGGCAGUCGUUUCUUGCGCAUGCGUCAGGAGCCAGGUAUGGAGACGCGCGGACAAUUUGUUACUACGUCUGCGGACCACAUCGGCUUCGGGCACGGGCAACGCGCCUGCCCCGGUCGUUUCUUUGCUAGCAAUGAGAUCAAGAUCGCGCUAGCCUACCUGCUCGUCAAUUACGAAUGGAAAUUUGAAGGGGGCAAGCCACCAGCUAGGAGUUUAAUGGACUCUGAAUACGUCGCAGAUCCGCAACAAAUGAUUUUGGUAAAGGCGAGGGAACCCGAGUUGGAUCUUUUCAAAUUGUAG